AUGAAUCCAAACACCAUAGAAACCGAAUAUCUUUUACCAUCGGGGGAAGAAGCUCGUUCUGUAAAACGACACAGUUUCCAUGAUCGAAUCAAAGCUCUACUCGAAUGCCGUCAAACGCAUUGGUUCAUUCUUUUCCUAGUCUCUGCGGAUUUCUUUUGCGUUAUGACGACGAUUGUGGUCACAUUUCUUUGGCCAAACAUGGAACGGGAUGAACAUAUCGUAAUAGAAAUCUUGUCAUUAAUUGCCUUCAUUAUCGAUUGUUUCUUUAUGAUUGAAAUUGCCUUGCAUCUUUUCGUGUUUGGAUUAAGUUAUUACUUUAAAGGAUCCAAUUGGCUCCUUCAUUUAUUUGAUGCUACUAUUAUUAUUACAACAUUUUUCUUAGAGAUAUUUUUAAAGGGAAAACAGAGAGAAGCUGCAGGACUAUUGAUCGUUUUUAGGUUAUGGAGAUUGGUUAAGAUGCUUAGUGCUUUUGCAGUUGGUAUGGGCGAAUAUUACGAUGAACAAGCCGAAAAUUUGAAAAGAAAAGUAGAGGAACUAGAAAAAGAAUCGAAUAAGGUUUUGGAUGAGGUUGAUAAAAUUGCCAGUGAGGAUAUGUGGGAUGAGAGUAAGAGAGCAAGAAUUUUUCAUAAAACUUUGGUUGGUAAAAGUGAUUCUAUUGAUGUUAUACAUGAGUAA